ACACUUUAAAUUACUAUAAAAGCAAGCAGAUUGCAUCUCAUCACUCAACUUGCAGCUGUCCCAAAUAAAGUAAACAAACUUCCCAUUAAUUAUUCAGACAAAAAUAUUUCAUAAUGUCUGCAAAUCAGUUAGUUUUAGCAGCCAUUUUUGCCUUAUUUCUGCUUCCUGCAUUUGGAUUUGCAAAUGGAAGGCAGAAAUCAUUAGCCAUAAUCAAGGAGAUUAACAAAAAUGGGCCAUAUUUAGGGCUAAUCACAGUUUACUCUGCUGAGGAAGAUGCUUUCUUUGCUACCGGUGCCUUCAAAAAUGACUCCAGAUACCCCUACGUUGACCUCUCAGGGAGGCGAUUUCGAGUGGGGAGGAUAGAGGGCAAGAAAGUCAUUUACGUGAGGUGUGGGAUAGGAAUGGUAAAUGCUGCAGCUGCAACGCAACAAAUGGUGGAUCUCUUCGACAUUUAUGGACUGAUCCAUUUUGGAGUUUCUGGCAACACAAACACUUCCUUAUCCAUAGGAGAUGUCGUCGUCCCAAAAGAAUUUAUCAACACUGGCCUUUGGGAUUGGAUGAAAACCAAUGGGACAGUUCCAAUAGAAGACAUAGCUAAAUUGGAUGUUAAAGAUUACAAUUUGCCAAAAAGAGGAAAUAAUUAUCUGGGGCGAAUUGCUUAUAGAUCAGAACGAUACUAUUCCGAGGCAGGAGAGCCCAAUGUUCCUCAAGAAAAGGUGUGGUUUGAAGUAACCACCAAUUGGCUUCAACUAGCCACUAGUCUUCAGGGGAUAGAAUUGGAAAGAUGUGUGAAUUCCACCUUAUGCCUUGAAACAAAGCCAAAAGUUGUAGUUGGAGUGAGAGGGUCCACAGCCAACAUGUUUGUUAAUAAUGGAGAUUAUAGAGAUUUUCUUUACCAAACUUUUGGGGUUUCAUCUGCUGAUAUGGAGAGCUCUGCAGUAGUGAUGACAAGUUUCUCAAAUGGCUACCCGGUGAUCGUCAUUCGCGGCAUGUCCGACCUAGCCGGAGGGCAAAACGGCACCGUGAACGACAUCGAUCUAUUCGAAUCUCUCGCUUCUACAAACGUAGCGAAAGUAGUUCUUCAAUUUAUUAAGUUGUUAUCAAGAAAAUUGUAUCCAUUUUAACGUGUGUGUUAUAGGUUUUAUACUUCUAAGAUUGUACUAUAAUUGGCUUGAAUAAUUUGAUUAUUUCAACCAUCUCCGAUUUGCAACAAAAAUCCAUGGAGGUUUAUGUAUGGGCUCGUUUAAAUCAAUGAAAGUUUUUAUUUCAUAC